CGCAAAUGUGUCCCCAUAGAAAACAUUUCCCACUUUCCUUUUGCCAGUAGUUAGUUGUGUCGAAUGAACUUUAACUUUAAUUAGAAGUGGUCUGCCUUAAUGUGGGUCAAAUGGAUCGUAUCGAUGCGGAACCUGUUGUCGGAAGAAGAAUCACCAGACGGAAUAAAGCCUUUGAGAUUGAUCUGCAGCCGAGAGAAGCUCUAAAGAGGAAGAGAGACAUCACAGUUGUUACUGGCCCUGAAAUGAAUAACACUGAUGAAGGUCCCCCUGAUAAAAGUGCAAAAAUACAGUCGGAAAAUGAUGCAGGAGAUGGACUUGAGAAUGGGGACCAAAGUAAUACUGUGGAAAUGGAUAUGGAGGACGAUGAAGAUCAGAACCAAGACAUGGGUUCUGAGGAUGAAAGUGAAAAUUGUGAGGCAGACAUGAAGACAAAACCUCUAAUCCAGGAGGACAAAAUCUCCAGAACACCUCAUGUGGGAAAUCUAAAAACUGAGAAGAAGACAUUUCCACGGCAGGAAAUAAAUGCACAACAAAGGUCACCGGUGUCAGAGCUUUCCAAACUGAACAAGUGUGAAGUUACAAAAUGUGAUUCUCAGAUUUCAUCAAAAGAAUCCUCCAGAAUAGGUUUUACUUCUUCCGGUUUCAACCCACCGGAGACUGUGACAGUGAGGAGAAGCAUAAGACAGUAUCAGAACAAAAUGGAAGAAAAAGCCAGAGGCGACUCUGGUAUUGAUCUACAGGACAGGACUAGGUAUGGCCCCAUAAAGAGGCAGAUGACACGCACCCACAAGCCAAACAACUUUUCUGAAUUAAGGAGACAAGUGAACACACAAGCAGGUUCAUUUCCCCCCUCAAAAGCUGAUAGACGUGGUGUAUGCACAUUGCUUCAUUGUUCUGUGUUCCUUCUCCUUCUGGCCUCACUUGCAUUGGGCUUAAUGGGUUAUCAACAGUAUCGAUCUUUAUCUAUAGCAACUGAGCUUCAAAAAAGAUUGUUGUACAGAAGAAAUUUUGAUGACCGUUUAGCUGAACUAAAGACAAUUUUUCCUAGCCAGCGACCAGAACUCUGGAAAAGGACUGAGGUCCAUCUCAAGCGCCAUCUCAAUCUGACUGAUCCGACUGAACCAGUGAGUCUCAUUCUAACCUCUGGUAGUGGGGCUAAGAAGACUCUGGGCUGUUUGGCUCAAAAGUUAGCUACAGCCUUUUCCAGCACUCUCAACUCCUCAGUUUUGGAUAUUGAUGGAACCAGCAAAACUGCACAAGACAGUGACCAGGUUAAGCUGGACAUUGAUAAAGCACUGAAAGAGGCAUUUGAAGGUGGCAAACAGGCAGCAGUUAUUCAUCGAUUUGAAGAACUUCCUCCUGGAUCUACACUCAUAUUUUACCGAUACUGUGAUCAUGAGAAUGCUGCAUUUAAGGACGUAUUUCUGGCAUUCACUGUGAUGCUCCCUGUUCCUGAGCUAGACCUCAAACUUACUCUAAAUGCAGUUGAAGAGCAGGUGCAAGAGUACUUAAAAGAGAAAUUUAUCUCACCUGGCAAGACUGAGUUUAACAAGAUGGAUGUAGACAAGCUAAGUGGACUGUGGAGUAGAAUCUCUCAUCUCAUCGUCCCGGUAAUUGCGGAGCUGAGGAUUGAAGAGCAAGGCUGUAGGGAAUGAAGGUCCUAAUAACGGAGGGUUUUUAUAUCAGCAUUGUGCUACUGGAUGAUGAUAAUUUUACUUGUGCAGCUAAGUGGUUGGUAAAAAACCUGUUUUUCUAUAUUUAAAAAGUUGUUCAGGAAUCAUAUGUAAAAUAGUUUUACAUUAUUUUUGUCUUCAAACUUUUUGAACAUAUGCAGUGGGGUCACUAGAAGGUGAUGCACUUAAUAUCAUGGCACCGGUGUUGACAAAAGCCAUGUUUAAAAAAAAAAUAACUUUAAAGUGUAAGUCCAACAUUCCUUUUUCAUUUAGUUUUGCCUCUCAUUUAUGUUAUAUCUCUAAUACAGGCUCUUUACUCUAGCUAGAUUCAUCAGGGAUCUACAAGGCUCAAUGUCAACUUAAGUGCAAGUGUAAUAGUCAGCUCCUUGGACCAGAGAAUUAAUUGACUGAAUUUUUGUGAAGUUAUUUUUAAUAGUUCAUAUUACUGACAAGCUUUGUUGAGGACUGAGACUGAUUUUAAGCUUUAUUCUGCCUGAAUUCUGUGCAGUUCACAAAAUGAUCAAUGAUUAAAACUAGAUUAUCUUUUUCUA